AUCAAACACAAUCUCUUCCUUCUUGAUUUCCAUCGUAUAUUCGUAUAAACAAACACCACUCCCACAAACAAAAUGAACAACACACAGAGCGCUGGUUUUCAAGCUGGUGAGGCCAAAGGCCAAGCCCAGGAGAAAGGCAACCAACUUAUGGAUAAAGCUGGUGCAGCUGCCCAAUCCGCCAAAGAAUCGGUGCAAGAGGCUGGUGCACAAAUGCAGAUGAAGGCAUCAGACGCAGCUGAGGCGGUGAAGGAUGCAACCGGAAUGAACAAAUCAACAUAAAUAUUGAUUUUCGGGUGCCACGUCAUCAACCAUGAUUCCAUCAUUAAUAUCGUUCUUAAUAGCUCACCUAUAUGUCGAGUAUCACAAUCAAUUACUGGCAUACCAAUGUUUAUGAUUAGUAAUAUUUGAUUAUUUAACUAAGAAAUAAAAUGGUCGAUGAAAGUAUUAAACA